AUGCAAUCCGCAGCCCGGCUCUUCUUCUCCUCGCCCACCUUCGCCGUAGCCGGCGCAUCGUCCAACCCUUCCAAAUUCGGGCACAAGAUCUUCGCCUGGUACAUUGAUCACAACCUUCAUGCUUUGCCUGUAAAUCCGAGCUGCUCUUCCAUAACCGUCAGAAGGAAGCAAUACGAAACUGUGUCUUCUCCCCCGGACUUGGCCGAACCGGAGAAGACCAGCUUGUCAGUCAUCACGCCACCGUCCGUGACCGGCCAGCUUCUCAAGCAAGCCAAAGACGCUGGUAUCCGAGCAGUAUGGCUGCAACCGGGUAGCUUCACCGACAAGGAACUCGACUAUGCCAUCAAGGAGUUUCCCGGUGCGGCGGUUGGGGGGUUCGCGGAAGGCACGAGGGGUGGUGAGGGAUGGUGCGUGCUUGUCGAUGGUGAAGCCGCUAUGAGCGCUGCUGGCCGCGACGGGAAGCUUUAA